AUGGUUGUCGCCGUUACCAUUGGCGUUAACGUCAACAAUAGCGACAACGGAGGCGAUUCUAACGGAGAAAUCACGGCUUCUGUUAAAGCCAUCAAAGACGUUUGUGCGCCAACGGAUUACAAGAAGACUUGUGAAGACACUCUGAAGAAAGAUGCGAAGAACACAUCUGAUCCUUUGGAGUUGGUGAAGACAGCGUUUAACGCGACCAUGAAGCAGAUAAGUGACGUGGCGAAGAAGUCACAGACUAUGAUUGAGCUGCAAAAGGAUCCGAGGACGAAGAUGGCGUUGGAUCAAUGCAAGGAGCUAAUGGAUUACGCAAUCAGUGAGCUUAGUAAAUCGUUUGAUGAACUUGGAAAGUUCGAGCUUAACAAGGUUGACGAGGCUUUAGUUAAACUAAAGAUUUGGCUCAGCGCGACGAUUAGCCAUGAGCAAACUUGUUUCGAAGGGUUCCAAGGGACAAAAGGGGAUGCAGGUGAGACAAUAAAAAAGGCGCUGAAAACCGCGGUCCAGUUAACACAUAACGGGCUUGCAAUGGUCAGCGAGAUGUCGAAUUACUUGGGACAAAUGCAGAUUCCGGAGUUGAAUAGUCGCCGGCUGCUGUCCCAAGAGUUCCCUUCAUGGGUUGAUGGGCGAACGCGUAGGCUCUUGUCCGCGCCAAUGUUGGAUGUUAAACCGGAUAUUGUGGUGGCACAAGACGGAAGCGGUCAGUAUGCGACGAUCAACGAGGCAAUGAAUCAUGUCCCGAAGAAGAAGAACAUGACUUUCGUGGUUCACAUUAAGGCUGGAAUUUAUAAAGAGUUUGUUCAGGUGAACAGAAGUAUGACACAUCUUGUUUUCAUCGGCGAUGGCCCUGACAAAACCGUAAUUACCGGCAACAAAAGUUUCAAGGACGGUAUUACGACCUACCGUACCGCCUCUGCUGCAAUCGUUGGAGAUCACUUCAUUGCCAAAAACAUGGGGUUCGAGAACACCGCCGGAGCAAUCAAUCACCAAGCGGUUGCCCUUAGGGUUCUGUCAGAUGCGUCGAUAUUUUACAACUGUAGAUUUGAUGGUUACCAAGACACUCUCUACGCCCAUUCCCACCGUCAGUUUUACCGAGACUGUACUAUCUCGGGCACCAUUGACUUUCUCUUUGGAGAUGCAGCUGCGGUAUUCCAGAAUUGUACUUUCUUGGUGCGAAAGCCACUCCCUAACCAAGCAUGCCCAAUUACCGCCCAUGGACGUAAAGAUCCGCGAGAAACCACGGGAUUCGUGCUGCAAGGAUGUACGAUAUCCGGCGAAACAGAUUACUUGGCAGUCAAGGAAACUAGUAAAGCUUAUCUUGGAAGGCCAUGGAAAGAAUAUUCAAGAACUAUCAUCAUGAACACAUUUAUCCCUGAUUUCAUUCCACCGGAAGGAUGGCAGCCGUGGAUGGACAAUUUCGGCCUUGACACACUUUUCUACUCAGAGGUGCGGAACACUGGGCCAGGUGCACCUGUCAUGAAUCGAGUUACUUGGCCUGGAAUCAAGAAGUUGAGUGAGGAAGAGAUCCUUAAAUUCACUCCAGCUCAGUACAUCCAAGGUGACGCUUGGAUUCCGGGUAAUGGUCUUCCGUACAACCCCGGUCUUUUCACUGGAAAUGGUUCAGCAACUGAGGACGCUAUGACCAGUUCAUCUUCUCCCAACUCCACAAAUACCGAUCCAAGCGAAUCAGGCUCAUUAAGUUCUAUCGCACCUAUGUCGGCUGCUAACGAAACUGGGUCUGGUUAUACCGGAUCCGGCUCUGCCACAACUACGUCUAGUAGUGGAACCAAGCCUGGUUCUACAGAAACCAAUACCAGUUCUAACACAACAACCUCCAUAGAAUCAGGUAAUACUGCAACUAUAUCCAAUUCUACUGGGACGACUGAUAAUUCUGCAAUCGGGUCUGGGUUUACUGAUUCUCCAGCCGCUGCUCCCGGAGUCUCCUCCUUCACUAAAACUGAUGGCUUAGGGUCUGCUUCUCCAUCACCUUCACCUUCAGUUUCUCCUUUGGCUUCUCCUUCAGAUUCACCUUCGGCUUCUCCUUUAGUUUCUCCUUCAGCAUCUCUUUCAGAUGGACCUUCCGAUGCGCCUUCGGUAUAA